AUGCAGUUAGGUCACCUUUCCCACCCAGGCAGUUCACAUCCUUGCACACACCCGUUUCUGAUUGCGAAUGGGCAACCAGGGGCCUUCGGUUUGCAGCGUCCAGAUAUAACCAAUGGACCCACUCUUGGAUCUGGGCUGGGCUUGCAGCACACAAAUUCCCUAUCCGGGAACCUGCUACAGCUUCAUUCCCGAGGUACUUCUGGUGGACCACUGAUUAGCCGACAUCCUGGUAUCCAAAUCGGAGCGCAUCAUCAUCCUUCACAUCAGGAGAUGGAAGAAAUCAAUACAAAAGAUUUGGCCCAGAGGAUUAGCGCUGAACUGAAACGAUACAGUAUACCUCAGGCUGUAUUUGCUCAGAGAGUCCUUUGUCGUAGCCAGGGUACAUUAUCAGAUCUCCUGCGAAAUCCUAAGCCAUGGAGUAAGUUAAAAUCUGGUCGUGAGACGUUUAGGCGCAUGUGGAAAUGGCUUCAGGAACCUGAGUUCCAAAGGAUGUCAGCUCUCCGGCUAGCUGGUGAGUCUUAA